AGAUUUCUGAAAUACGAGGGCCUGCCGGAAAGUAGCCAGCCCCGCUAUGAGUACGACGAGAUGGUGCAGAUAGCAAUGGAUGCCCACAAUGGAUCGCUGACGAAGCAGAGUUGCCAGACUAUGAUGAAGCGAGGGAUGCAGCCGUCGCGGCAAAACAGUCGAGAAUUUAUGUUCACACGGGAUCCACGAUUGAAGGUGGCAGGUCUAGCAAUGUUCUCGAAAGACCAGGUUUACGCCUACGCCGACAAAAUCAGCUGUGAAUACCUCAACAUACGCGCCAGGCCUGGGAUCACAUUCGAACUGCCCGAGGUCUACGGGGAACUACUAGACAAAAUCCGGAAGACUUCAAGAAGGUUCGAGUAUCACGAACUCAAUGGAACCCAUCACCUGCAUAUGAAUGAGGGAAGCAGGGAGGAAGUAGCCAAGGUUAUCAGGGAAUUUAUUCAGGGAAAAAAGGUGACAGUGUUGUUGAGAAUGGUGUAAACGGUGAGGGGAUAUGCUAGGGAUGGAUCAAGGGAUAAAGUGUGGGAAAGAUGAAUCAAGGGAGAAAAAAGUUGAUAAGAAAAAUAAAGGGAUGAAAGUGAAGAAUAAAAUGGUUCAAGAGACAAUCAGAAAAACAUCCCUAGUUUAGAGUGAGAACAUAGAGAAACAAUAGCAUAAAUAGAUAUCCAUGGUAUAGGGCGUUUAUGUCGCAACUUUUACUGUUAUCUCAAGCCGAUUUUUACCGUUUUGACCGGGUAAGAGUGUAUGAACAGCAAAAUAUGAGAGACGAC